UAUAUAUAGAAACAAAAUUUUGUUUUUCAGAUAUUGCUAACAUACUAUAAUCGGAAUAUUUAUAUAUAAUUACUGAACUUUAUGGUGUAACUGUGUCCAUUAGUAAAUUAAUCUUUGCUAAUGGCAUACAUGACCAAAAUUGGACAGUAUUUUAUGUUGACAGUAGUUGUCUGUACUGUCAUUUUCAUUUUCACUACAGCUGGAGAAGAGGAUUAUGAACCAGAAAUUGGAUCUCUAGGUGGGAAUCCUGGCGAGGGUGCAGAAGACCAUGGUCAUGAAGGGUUUGAUGAGGGUCACGGUCACGAAGGGGGUGAGGAAGACCAUGGGUCGAGUGCUGAUCCAACACAUAUUGUUGAUGGAGCCUUGGUGUGCUUCCACAAGAAACAUCAGCUCUACAGCCAAUGUGACGAGUCCUGUAGACUUACAGAGAGUGGAGAUCUCCAUGUAACCCAUGAUCACGUCGAUGAGUUUUGUAGCGGGCCUUGCCUUGAAGAAACAAACCUCGUGCUAGAUUGCAUAGAUGGGAUCAUGGAUCAUUUUACGUUCUUUAACAAGGCCACCACUCGGGAUGUUAGGGACACAAUUCUAGCUGGCUGUGGCCAUGGUGAGAAAAGAGGUCAUUUCGAUGUAGGAGAACAUAUUGCAGAUGACGAAGGCAGCUUUAACGCUGGUAGCCUUGCUACCAUACCUGUACUCUCUGGCAUUGUGAUUUUAAUCACAGGGCAACUUUUAUUACUGUGAAACCAGGGUAAUUACUAAUUAUUGAGUAUUCGAACUCUACCUACGUUCCUUCUCCCCUUGAAGGUUGAUUUAUGUCAUACUUUUGUUGUGAGGAGUACUAAAGUUUAGGAAUUUGAUCCAUCUUACAUGUUGUUGAUGAUUUGCCAUUGUAAUUUUAUAAUGGAAAUCAUUGUUUCAUAUUUGGUGUACUUGAAUAAUUGUCGCAUUGUUCUAAUCCAUCAUAUAUUCAUAUGUAAGAAUUACUCUUUAAUACCUAUUGAAUCGUGGCUGUUAUGCUACGUUUAAUAACAUACUUCGUAUAUUUCUAUACAGAACUUAUUGGUCAUUUCGUUGCAUGUAGGAAGUUGCACAUGCAAUUUGGACGGUGUAGAUAAUUGUAUGGUUGAUUAAUGGUUGAAGUAAUAUAUAAAAAUAUCAGUGGUUGAAAUAA